AGGGGUUAGACCAAACGGCCCCUUUCUAAACUGCUGGCUCUAAAUUCAUCCCGUAUGCCUUUACGACGCCGGCAAUCAUCGUCUCUCGCUCCUCGCAUUCAUCCCGCGAUGUCACUCCACGUUGUAGCCCUCCCCCUUUCGCCAUGAUUCGCGUCCUUGGCAUCCGAGUGGCCGGCGCUCCACGUCAGCCUGAUAUUCACGUCAUGCAUACCUCCACUACAUCCCCUUCCCACCCGACCCCCCGGGCCGUGGAGGCGCGGACGUCCCGGCUCUGAGUGGACGCUUCGUACUCAUACAUUUGCUUUGCUGCAGAAUUGCCGACGUAUAAGAAACCCUAACCUCCUCGUCUCCACUAAUUUAAAUAGCAUCUAACGGCUAUCGCAACGGAGAUGCCCAUAUCGAUUAACAAACAGUAUCCUUUCCCACCACACUCUGUCCUUCGCAUGAAGUCUCUCUUGCGUUGCAGCAUCUCCCGCGACACCCUGUCUGCGCCACUAUGGCACUACAGUUUCGAGCGACGAGCGUGGGGACGGCGGUUGGCCUCCCCAAUCUUCAGCUUCGAGAGCUUCUUCAACAAUUGCUCCUCAUGGUGUUUCUUCAUCUCCAUGACCUUCUUUCUAUUCGACUCCCAAUUGUCUUCUUUCUUCCCCUCUUUGCCCGGCUCACACAACUGCUCGUCAUCCAGCUUCCACAAGUGCUCGUCAUGGUGUUUCUUUCUCGCCUCCGUGCCCAGGUGUCUGAUGCAUAACGCCUUGUUGCUGAUGCCACUGACGUGCGUGGCACGCCUCAAGCAGUGUUCGAAGGUGCAUGUCUUUGCUGGACUCGUCAUAUUUGCGGUGGUGAAGAGUCAAUGAAGUGGGAUCCAGAAAGUUAAGUUUGAGAAAAGGAUGGUGCAUUCAAGUUUCGGGGCCAGAGGUCUGCAGCUUUAUGCCCUCCGACGAGUUCAUG